GCAAAAAAAGAAGAAAAUUGAAAAAAUAUCAACCAAACUCAUCAUUUCAUUUCGUCUCUAAUCCCAAAACUCGGAAAGAAGUGAUCGUUUUGAGAUGAGUCUGCCACGAAGAAGCGUAUUUUAGUAAGACUACGUGUACCUCCUCCUCGCGCACGUUAGCUCUAGGCAUGUCUUGUGGUUGUUGUUGUUCUUCUCGGAGCUAAAGCAAGAAACUCAUCAACAACAACAAGACAGAGACGAAGAAGACGAAGAAGAAACUCACUUCUCUCUCUCUCCCUCUCUCAUCUUAUCUGAUUGCUUCUCCUCGCCGUUUUGUUUCCGAUCACUCUGGGUUUUCUCAAUUCCGUACGUAUUAGGAUAAUUGAUUGUAUAGAGGAGUUUAGUUGGGAUGAUGAUGCGUACUGUCUCUCUACCAUUGUCUCAUGAUCUGAAUGUUCAUAAGAUCCAUGAAGCUUCUGGAUACCAUAAUAGUGUUGCUGGUAAAAAUCGUAUGUCUCUGACUCGGACUGGUCUGCUUUCAUCAUCAGCCACGAGACAAGACGUUUGGAGUCUUCAGCUUCUGGAGAGCCUGAGUGGUUCAAUAGUACCUGUAUCAUCUAGGUGUAAUGCAUUCAUUUGCCGGUCAGCUGUCUUGCCUGGGAAUGGAAAUGAAGGCCCCAUUCUUAAAUCAACUGCAGUAAUCUUCACAAGGGCAUAUGAUGCUUUACGCGGAUAUCCUCAUUUAGUGAAACUAAUUCCAGCCGUUGGGAUUCUUGCAUUUGCUACAUGGGGUCUUAGACCCCUUCUGCGCCUUGCCAGAGCUACCAUGUUUGAGAAGGGAAAUGAUGCAAAUUCACAGAGAAGUAGCACGCAAUACAUUGUUGUGUCAUAUCUCCAGCCUCUACUGCUUUGGAGUGGAGCAAUCCUUUUAUGCAGAACAUUGGACCCAAUUGUAUUGCCAUCAAGUGCCAGCCAGGCUAUUAAACAGCGUCUUCUGAGCUUUGCUCGGUCCAUGUCAACGGUGUUGGCAUUUGCUUGCUGUUUAUCAAGCCUACUUCAGCAGGCCCAGAAAUUUUUUAUGGAGACAAAUAAUCCUGCUGAUACCAGAAAUAUGGGUUUUAGUUUUGCUGGAAAGGCUAUUUACACUGCUGCAUGGGUCGCUGCUGUUUCAUUGUUUAUGGAACUGUUGGGUUUCUCUACCCAAAAAUGGCUAACGGCUGGGGGUCUGGGGACAGUACUGCUCACUCUUGCUGGUCGUGAGAUACUUACAAACUUUCUAUCAAGCAUUAUGAUCCAUGCGACACGACCCUUUGUUCUGAAUGAGUGGAUCCAGACCAAGAUAGGAGGCUAUGAUGUUUCUGGCACAGUGGAGCAUGUCGGUUGGUGGUCACCUACAGUUAUCAGAGGUGAUGACCGUGAAGCAGUUCAUAUUCCAAACCACCAGUUCAGUGUAAAUAUUGUGAGAAAUCUUACUCAAAAGACGCAUUGGCGCAUCAAAACACAUCUAGCCAUCAGUCAUCUUGAUGUCAGCAAAAUUAACAAUAUUGUGGCCGAUAUGCGCAAGGUGUUGUCUAAAAAUCCUCAAAUCGAGCAACAAAAGAUACACAGAAGAGUCUUUUUGGAGGAUAUAGAUCCAGAGAACCAAGCCCUGAGGAUCCUAAUAUCUUGUUUUGUAAAGACUUCACGUUUUGAAGAAUACCUCUGUGUUAAGGAAGCAGUACUGUUGGAUCUUCUUAGAGUUAUUAGGCAUCACGGAGCACGUCUAGCAACUCCCAUUCGAACAGUACAGAGGAUGCGUAAUGAGGCUGAGGUGGACAGUGCAGGAUUUUCAGACAUCGUUUUUAAUCAAGCAGCGAUGAACCGCCGAUACAUGCUGAUUGAGCCAUCGUAUAAAAUCAACGGUGAUGACACCACAAAGUCUUCCACACCUAGCUCAGUGCAAAAGAGUGAAGAUAAGGACCUUCAAGAAGAACUAUUAGAAACCAAGGAUGAAACAGAAAACAACGGAUCAGUGCCGGUUUCAAAUGCCAAAAAAGAUAAACAGAAAGCGGCUCUUGGUUUCAACUCCAGUACAGGCACUAAGGGUUCACCAACCUCAACAUCCGACCAGCCAGUAGCACAAAAGUCAGAAGAAAAGAAGAAAGAGAGUGCGGGAGAUUCAAAAAUAGCAGAGAAGGAUGAAGUUUCUGAUGACGAAGGUGCAACAGAGCAGACAUUGAAAUCUAAAGCUAAACAAGGGACAGAAAAGAGCAGCGGAGAUUCGAAAGCUCGAGAUGGUGGUGGAUCAGGUACCAGUUCUUCGCUAGAGGAGAACAUUGUUCUUGGUGUUGCGCUGGAUGGCUCAAAACGUACACUCCCCAUUGAUGAAGACCUUAAUGCAUCUGGUGCAUUAAUGGACUCUGAAGAGCUUGGUAUUGGAUCGGAAUGACCGAAAGGAGAAAGUAAAUUUGUGUUCCAAGCAAUUUGGAUGCAUCUGUAGAAAGUAACAAACAGAAAGUGGAGAAAUGAGCGCAGACUCUGUUAAUUUUUUUUAAGCUUAGGGGUUUGCGCCAUUUCAUCUCUGUAAAUAAUUAGUUUUUGCGAUUCAUAAACUCAAAAGUAGUUUCUUUCUCAAGUGACUUCUUAGUUUGAAAGGUUUGAGCUGUUUUAGAAAA